GCAGUGACCCUGUGCCCCUUGCAGAUCUCACUGCAGUACAGUAGCUAUGGAUCUUGGCGCCACACUUGCGGCGGGACCCUCAUCGCUCCCCAGUGGGUGCUGACAGCUGCCCACUGCAUCAGCAACUCCAUGACCUACCGUGUGGUGCUGGGCAAGCAGGACCUGUCAGUGGAUGAUGAGCCCGGUUCUGUGGCCGUGGGCGUGGAGAAGAUAAUCGUCCAUGAGAAAUGGAACUCCUUCCUCAUCAUCAACGACAUUGCCCUGAUCAAGCUGGCCGAGGAGGUGCAGGAGAGCGACACCAUCCGCGCCUCCUGCCUGCCUGACGCCGGCAAGAUCCUGCCCAACAACUACCCCUGCUAUGUCACCGGCUGGGGACGCAUCAGGACCAACGGGCCCCUGGCUGACACCCUGCAGCAGGCUCUGCUGCCCGUGGUGGACUAUGAGACCUGCUCCAAGUGGGACUGGUGGGGCAGCCUUGUGCUGGAGACCAUGGUGUGCGCCGGCGGCGACGGCGUCGUCUCCGGAUGCAACGGCGAUUCUGGCGGCCCCCUGAACUGCCAGCGCAAUGAUGGCAUCUGGGAGGUGGAUGGCAUCGUCAGCUUCGGCUCUGGACUGGGCUGCAACGUGGCCAAGAAGCCGACAGUCUUCACCCGAGUGUCCGCCUACAUCGACUGGAUCAACGAGAAAAUCGCAGAGAACUGAGGACACGGCCUGCAGCACAAGCACUGAGCGUGAUGAAGGCAGCAGUGACAGCCACUGGGUGUGAUGAAGGCAGCAGUGACAGUCACUGGGUGUGAUAAAGGCAGCAGUGACAGUCACUGGGUGUGAUAAAGGCAGUAGUGACAGUCACUGGGUGUGAUAAAGGCAAUAGUGCUGA